UCAACCAAUUGUCAAAUUCAAUAAACAUGAAAACCUAGAUUGUCAAUAUAGGGAAUUAAAAAUACGUUCUAUAUUCAUGGGUAUUUCCAACUCCAAUGUCUGAAUUAAAGUAUUAUGUUAAAUUGAAGUAGUGGUAUAUUAUAAUAACAAUGAAGCAUAAUAUCUAACGCUUUCCUUCCUCAACCGCCUAGUAUCCUAAAUAUACAAGACAAAUAUAUCGAAAUAUGCCGGAGCACUUGGAAUUACAACAUCUUGUAGAUCUAUCGGUCGGGAGUGGCGAUGAAUCUGUACCGAACUUACUGGAAAAUAAGAGGCCACUUAUUAAACGAUGUCCUUACCUCGGUUUGAUACUUGCGACACUCUCAUCACUAUUUUUCUCACUAUGCUCAGUUAUUGUGAAGAGCCUGGUAAAUAUAGACCCUAUGCAACUUGCUAUGUUCCGGUUUAUAGGGGUUCUAUUACCAACAAUACCUAUUGUAAUAUAUACAGAACAACCAGUGUUCCCUCAAGGUAAACGCGUGCUGUUAAUUUUGCGAUCUAUUGUAGGCACAGUGGGAUUAAUGUUAAGUUUUUAUGCAUUCAGGAAUAUGCCGCUAGCUGAUGCAUCUGUUAUUGUAUUUUCUGUGCCAGUUUUUGUGGCACUUUUUGCUAGAGUCUUCUUAAAAGAACCCUGUGGUAUUUGGAACACAAUAUCAAUAAUAUUAACUCUGAUUGGUGUUAUAUUAAUAACUCAUCCACCAUUUAUAUUUGGUACCUACCAAAUUGAAACAAAUCAGAAUUAUAAUAGCUUGCGGGGUGCUAUUGCUGCAUUUGUUUCUACAAUUUUUGGUGCAAAUGCUUAUGUGUUACUCAGAGUUUUAAAAGGCUUACACUUUUCUGUAAUUAUGACCAAUUUUGGUGCUAUUGCUAUAGUGCAAACAUUGUUUUAUUCUUUUAUUUUUGGUGCAUUGUGUAUGCCAAAUUGUGGGACUGAAAGGUUCCUUGUUGUGUGCCUAGCCUUAUUUAGUUAUUUGGGACAAAUUUUGUUAACAAUGUCUUUACAAAUGGAGCAGGCUGGACCAGUUGCUAUAGCUCGUUCUGCAGAUAUCGUUUUUGCAUUCUUAUGGCAGGUUAUGUUUUUUAAUGAAAUACCAAGCAAGUUUUCUGUAUUUGGAGCAGUAUUAGUCUUGAGUUCGGUAAUGCUUGUAGGCUUACGAAAAUGGGCUUUGGCAUUGCCUGCUGAUUCACAAUUGAGGAGUAAGUUAGGAGUAUUGGCACAGUAAUUAAAAAUAUGUUUUUCUAUGUAAAUGCAACAUUUUCUAAAUCUAUAUAAUGUUCACUUCAUAACUGUAAUAUAGAAAUAAAUACUCUUGCAUGUCCAAGGGAAGCCUGUUUGACUGUAGGUAUUCCCUUUAAAGCAUAACCACUCCUGUGGGACCAAGUAUUUACAAAAUCCCUUUAUUUUCUUGGUCACACAGAUAUGGCCAUAACUUCACAUUGGUUAUGUAUACAUUUUUCAUCUUCAAUUGAUUUUAGAAACCUUUAGUAACUGUUAUUGAUUAUAAUCUUGUAAUUAUGGCCGAUGUAUUUGAUUCUUUAUACAUUAUUGAGAAAUCUUAACCAAUACUCAAUUGUAAUAAUUCACAUAUAAAUAUAUCAUACUCAUAUGCUCAUAUAUAUAGCAUGAGUAUUUGAUGAAUAUUUGACAAUAUAUAUGUACUAUACUUCAUCUUUUGAAGUAUAACAUAUAAUGUUACGGUAAAUAAUGAAGACUGUUCAAAGUCUUGUGUUGUGUGUACUUGCCUCUAUAUCUCUUGUGUUGUGCUCCUUAUAUAAGCUUUAAAUAUUAAUUUGUUGACAUAAUUGCAAAUCUAUUUCAUAUGUAAGUUUAUCACAAUGUUAUUUACAUACUUAUUGUCUUUGUAUUCUUCCUAUUUAGAUAAUAAAUUCUAGUCUUAAAAGUAUUAUUAGUUAUAAGAAACAAUAUUGAGCUGUUUGUAUUGAUACAUAAGACCUAUUUGAAAUAUUAUUUUACAUCCUGCAAUUGCUUCUAGUCAUUUGUUUUUAUAUAUAUUAUAUAGAAGUUAGUCUCUAAGUGGUAAAUAAUAGAAAAAAAACUAAGUCUAGAUGUUAAAUUUGAUAUAAAAAUGAGGUUUUAUCAUUGCUGCAAGCACUAGCAACUAGAUUUCUUGUCAUUCACAUUCAAAAACCAUAGUAAUUGCACAGAUAAAACUUAUUAUUAAUUUACAAAAUAACAAAACU